GCUGCUCUAAGUCCUGACAGCAGUAGUCCUCAAGCCUCGGCCAGUGUUGAUGCUCGUGCCACAUCAAAAAGUAGAGUUAUUGUGAAUAUUGCAACGUAGAACAUAAAAAUAAAAUGGCGUCUGUAACUUUAAUGUUUACGGUGGUGUUGGUAGCCUUGAGUCGAUCUGCAGUUACAGCAAGUAAAUUGGACAUUCCCCCAGAAUGUAAAGACAAAAUGUUUUGCGACGUCGAGCCCGCGUUCUACAACGAAUACAGAGAAGACAUCGAACUCAAGUUUAAACCCAUUAAAAGUAUGUGGAAUUUGGCCGAUAAUUAUAACUAUGAUUAUCAAGCGAGGGAAUAUACUUUUGAGAAUAACUGCAACUAUGUUAAAGAGAUGAGUACGCCGUACCUCGUGCACUCGAACGGGACAGCAAAGAUCAUCGUGCAGACCUCUUUUUACAAGCAACGUUUCAUGACAACGAGAUGCGUGGACUCGUUCUCCAAUGCGGCCGAUGGUGAGCAAUGCUUCAAAGGCAUUUUAAGUGGGAACUCAAGAGGCAGCUGCAAGACCAAAUAUACAAACAUUAUUUUGUAUGCGUACGACGAAGCGAACAAGAGAAUCCAACGACUUCCUAUUGAGGUGCCCGUGUGCUGCUACUGCGGCAUCACUUCAGAAUUUGAUUAGUUCCGACGGAGAAUACGUUUUUAAAUUUAAGUCUUAAUGAAACUAAAUAGUGAAUUAGACAUUAAUUGGUAUUUGUGUAUAAAUUGAAACCAAAGAAUCUGUUAUGAUAAUAAAUAUUAAGCAUCAA